UUUGACUUUGACCAUAUACACAAGUAGAAGAAAAAAAAAAAGAACUAACCAAGAAGAAAAGUCUCAGUUUCCACCUUCCUUCCCUUGCUUCCUCUUGACUCAUAUCUCAUAUAUACCUCUCAACCCCUCACUCAUUUCUUCACAAACAAAGAAAAAUAUACUCAACAAUAAUAACAACUCACAAUUCUACAAAACAACUAAUUCAAUAUCCUUUCCUUUUUUUUCUCUUGGAUUUUCAAGAAAUAAAUAUUAUCCAUCUCUAAGGAGUUGAUGUGCACUGGGACAAGGAGUAAAGUUUGUCCUUCUGAUCUAAACAUGGAUAAGAAAGAUGGGGUUAGUAGAAAUUGCUCAAAAUUGCUUGAAUUAUCAGCUUCAGAUGAUCUUGCUGGCUUCAUAUGUGAAGUAGAGAAAGGUUGUGCUGUUGAUGAGUUUAGCUUUUGGUAUGGUAGACGAUUUGGUUCGAAAAAGAUGGGAUUUGAAGAGAGGACUCCUUUGAUGAUUGCUUCUAUGUAUGGAAGUACCGAGAUUUUGAAGUAUAUUCUUGGAACUGGCAAGGUUGAUGUCAACAGGGCUUGUGGUUCUGAUGGUGCAACUGCUCUGCAUUGUGCUGCAGCUGGUGGCUUGGAAUCAUCGAUUGAGGUUUUCAAGAUCUUGAUUGAUGCUUCUGCUGAUGUUAAUGUUUGUGAUUCUAGUGGAAACAGACCCUGUGAUGUGAUUGCUUCGUUUCCUAAGUCGUUAAGGAAUUCGAAGAGGAAAUCACUGGAGUUGUUGUUGAAUGGCAGCUUGGCUGAGCUUGCUGAGCAGGAGGAGGAAGAAGGAAAAGAAGCAAUCCAGAUGACGAAAGAAGGAAGUGAGAAGAAAGAGUAUCCGAUUGAUACUUCCUUGCCGGAUAUAAAUGAUGGGAUUUAUGGGAGUGAUGAUUUCAGGAUGUAUUGUUUCAAGGUUAAGCCAUGUUCCAGGGCUUACUCUCAUGACUGGACUGAAUGCCCUUUUGUUCAUCCAGGGGAGAACGCAAGGAGACGUGAUCCAAGGAAGUACAACUAUACAUGUGUCCCAUGUCCCGAGUUCAAGAAAGGUGCUUGUGCGAAGAGUGAUUCUUGUGAAUAUGCUCAUGGUGUAUUUGAGUCGUGGCUUCAUCCUGCCCAAUAUAGAACCCGUCUCUGCAAGGAUGAGACCGGGUGCUCAAGGAAAGUUUGCUUCUUUGCUCACAAGCCUGAAGAGCUUCGCCCGUUGUAUGCAUCUACCGGUUCAGCUAUCCCUUCUCCAAAGGCUACUCCAGUCAGUUCGAUGGACAUGUCAACAUUGAGCCCACUGGCGCUUGGUUCUUCGUCCAUGUUGCUGCCUACUAGUUCAACACCCCCGAUGUCUCCUGCUGUUACAUGUUCGUCUCCAAUGGGUGGAAACUUGUGGCAGAGCAAGGUGAACAUCACCCCACCUGCAUUACAGCUUCCUGGUAGUAGGCUAAAGACGUCUUUGAAUGCUCGGGACUUGGACUUGGACAUGGAUAUGCUUGGCUUGGAAAGCAUCCGCACUCAGCAGCAACUAAGACAACAAUUGAUAGAUGAGAUGGCUGGUCUCUCUUCACCAUCCUGUUGGAAUAAGGACAAUAGGAUGGGGGAUCUGAAGCCAACUAAUCUUGAUGAUGUUUUUGGAUCCAUGGAUUCUCAACUGCUGUCUCAAUUGCAGGGCCUAUCUCCAAGAGUUGCAUCCACCACCAGCUCUCAGUUGUAUUCUCCAUCGGUUUCUCAUUUGCAAGGUCUCUCACCCAAGGUUUCAGGUAACGGCGGCUCCCAGAUGCAAUCUCCAACCGGGCUUCAGAUGCGACAAAACAUGAACCAAUUCCAAUCAAGCUAUUCUAACAUUCCUCAAUCAUCGUCUCCGCUGAGAAAGCAGCCCUCAGCAUAUGGAUUCGACUCUGCAGCUGCAGUGGCUCAAGCUGUCAUGAACUCCAGGUCUGCUGCUUUUGCAAAGCGCAGCCAGAGUUUUAUUGACCGUAGUGGAAUGAGCCAUCGUGCUGUUCCCAAUGGUGUUGCUAACUCCCCACCUUUGAUGUCAUCAGAUUGGGGUUCCCCCGAUGGGAAAUUGGAGUGGGGCUUCAAUAGUGAUGAUACAAACAAGCUCAAGAGAUCUCAAUCUUUUGGUUUCCGCGGUGGAAAUGGCGCUCCAGCAAGAUCAUCAACAAUCACACCAUCUCAAGUCAAUGAGCCAGACGUGUCAUGGGUUCAUUCCUUGGUGAAAGAUGUGUCCUCCACUGGUACUGGGCUAUAUAGUUCAGAGCAAAAGCACGGUGGUGGUGUUCGUGAGUCUAUUCCACCUUGGCUGGAACAAAUGUACAUAGACCAAGAGCGAAUCGUGGCUUAAUCAGCAUCUCUGCCACAACAAUUGCUCCAUAAUUAUUCUUUUUGAAUUCUUAUCGAUAUAUUGGAUAUAUAAGUUAACCAUUAGUUUCAAGGGAAGAAACAUCAACAUAUCUCCAAUUUUAUGGGGAAAGAAAUGGAUAGGGAGGAUAACUGAUCACAUUGUUUCAACAAUUAAGUGAUUGAAAAGAGAGGCAUUUGUUAUAUUGUUGUAUUUUUUUUAAUAAGGAUUUUGUUCUUUAUAUUUCUUCAAGGAAUUGAAGUUGUAUUUCAAUAUAUUGAGCCUUUCAAAAGUA